AUGACCUCGCCAAUUUUCCCAGUCCAGGCAUCCGGCUGCAACGAUAUCGGGGUGCAGUAUCAUAUUGAAUACCAGCGCACAGGGGAUAUCAAAGCCAUCGAUGCCUCAAUUCACCAAUUCCAGAAAGCUCUAGAUAGCACCUCCCCAGGUGAUCCAAUCCGACCUGGGCAACAAUUUAAUCUUGCUGUUGGCUAUUUGAAUCGAUUCCGAAAACGAGGGGAUUUAGAGGACCUCAAGCAUGCUAUUCUACUUAACCACCAGGCUCUCAAAGGAACUCCAAACAACCAAUAUCGAACUUGGCUACUUCAUAAUCUUUCUGGCUGCUAUAGGGAGAGAUACCAGCGGCAAGGAGCUCUAACAGAUCUCGACUAUUCAAUCCAACUUGGAAGGGAGUCUCUACAACAUACCCCUCCAGAUGACGUAUAUCUAGCUCGAAAACUUGAGAGUAUUUCUCUCAGUUAUCUAAGUCGGUUUUGGCGAGUGGGAGCUUUGCGAGAUCUUAAUUAUUCCAUUCAGCUUAGUAGAGAUGCUCUAGCUCAAACCCCUACAGAUGAUUCAGGCCGAUCUUAUCGACUCCACUGCCUUGCGGCUAGCUAUGGAUAUAAAUUUCGACAAUCAGGAGUUCUAGCAGAUCUUAACUAUUCCAUACAGCUUGCUCAGGAGGCUCUAGAUUACACUCUAGCAGAUGAUCUAGAUCAAUCUAAGCGACUAACCACUCUUGCUAUGGGCUAUAGAGACCGGUUCAGACAAUUAAAACUUCCAGAAGACAUUGACAAUUCAAUUGCACUUUAUAAAAGCGCGCUAGAAAAUAGUAUAGCAGCUGACCCGGAUCGAGCACGACGACUGCAAGGACUCGCUGCUAGUUAUACAUAUCGGUUCCGACAAGGAAAAGCUCUGGGUGACCUUGACCAUGCUAUUGAGGCUGGCCAACAGGCUUUAGAGAUCACUUCGGCAAAUGAUCCAAUUCGAGCUCAACUCCUCCAUAAUCUAGCUGCGACUUAUGUAUACCGAUACCAAAACACAGAUAAUACGGAGGAUCUUAAUUACUCUACCCAGUUGUACCAGAAAGCCCUUGACUCUUCUGCUUCUCCUGUUCUGGACCGCAUACAUGGAAGUAGCAUUUUGCUGCUAAUAUAUGGCCAAGCUGAAAAUUGGGCUCAAGCCUAUGAAGCCGCAUACACGACAACAUCUCUGAUUCCCCAAAUCACCCAGCGCUCUCUUGAAAAUUCAGAUAAGCAACACCGGAUUGCGGCUAUUGUUGGCCUUAGCUCGGAUGCAGCAGCUAUUGCUUUGAACGCUGGAAAAUCGGUAUACGAAGCAAUUCGGCUUCAAGAACUUGGUCGCGGAAUCAUUGCCGAUUCAUUGAAUGACAUGCGCCUCGACAUAUCAGAACUUCGAAGGUUACAUCCCGAGUUAGCCUAUGAGUUCUUUCAGUGCAAUGAUGACCUCGCGAAGUCGGCUGUAUCACCCUCUCAAGAUAGCCAUCCAAACUUCUCAACAACCGCAUCACACGAGAUCGAUCAGCGCUACAACACUGGUCGGAAAUUAGAACAGGUCAUUGAAGCCAUCCGGAGCCAUCCUGGCUUUGAAAGAUUUCUUCUGGCUCCAACUGAGGAUGAAAUGAAGAGCGCGGCGAUUCGUGGACCGGUUGUCGUUCUCAAUGUUAGUAGAUACCGCUGCGAUGCGCUCAUCGUGGAGCAAGACGGAUUAAGGCACCUGCAACUGCACGGUCUACACGAGAGCGACAUUCAAGACUAUGCUGCCACGUUAGAUUCAAGUUCUGUCACUACACAGUUGUUGGAGUGGUUAUGGGACACAAUUGCAGGGCUGGUGCUUGAUUUCCUGAAUUUCACCCAGCCCCCCGCUGCUGACUGGCCCCGGAUAUGGUGGAUUCCGACCGGACCUCUUGCUAAAUUUCCAAUACAUGCGGCAGGAUACCAUGGUGCCGGCUCCAAUACGGUCUUGGACCGGGUUGUGUCGAAUUACAGUUCCUCAAUCAAGGCUCUUUUCCAUUUCCGCGAGAAUCAGCUCAAAGUCGAGAUGCCAGGAAUGCCAGAAAAAGCAGUCCUCGUAGGCAUGCCGAACACACCCGGACAGACAAUGCUACCCUUUGCGUCACAGGAAAUCAAUGAGCUAGGUGAGAUAUGUGCCUCUUUAGACUUACAAGUAUGCAUGCCACCGCCAAAUGUGGAUGCUGUUCUUUCAUCUCUGAGGGACUGUGAGGUCUUUCAUUUCGCAGGCCAUGGGCAAACAGACCCCUCGGACCCAUCAAAGAGCGCAAUAAUACUAGAAGAUGGGAAAAUCACAGUUGCAAGCCUCCUGCAGAGAAAUCUCUAUGCCCAGAAGCCGUUUCUUGCAUACCUCUCGGCUUGCAGCACCGGGCGAAUGAAGAACAGCGACUUGAUGGAUGAAGGACUUCACUUGAUUGCAGCAUGCCAGCUUGCUGGGUUCCAGCAUGUUAUCGGCACUCUUUGGGAGGUCAAUGACAAGUCAUGUGUUGAAAUUGCAAGGAGAACCUAUGAGCAACUACGACAGGAAGGUAUAAGCCAUCGGUCUAUCGGCGAGGGACUUCACCAUGCCUGCAGGAGUCUGCGUUCUCGGUGGGUUGCCGAAAAUGAAGAAAGGGGAGGCUUUAAACGGAGUGAAGAGUUGCAAAAGGUCUCGCAAGAUUCCAUCACAACCAGACAAUUAAAAUCCAGCGAAGGAGAGACGGGAAAUCCUAGGGAUGUAAUGUCAUGCGAUGAGAUGCCGCUUUACUGGGUGCCUUAUGUUCACUUUGGUAUCUAG